AUGAGAACGAGGUGCCGGUGGUACGAGGAGAAGGUGGCAGAGGUGGAGGAUGAGGAGGAGGAGGCAGAAAAGCUGCCGUGGACGAAAACCUUGAGCUUCCCCGCAAGGGUGUCCCCCCAGAGGCCUUCCAAGGAGUCGAAGGGGUUUCAUGUGAGCCCCAGCGCUAGCCCCACGUCGCCACCCAGCCCGAUCAACGACAACAUGGACAAGACGCCGAUUAUAAGCGACGAGAAUUUCCAGGACCUGGAAGCUGAAAAGGCAAUAAUGGGCUCCAUUGUGUACUGCAUCCAUCACAAGGACGGGUGCAAGUGGUCGGACGAACUUAGAAAGUUGAAGGCUCACCUGAAUACCUGCAAGCACGAUGCGGUGCCGUGCAGCAACAAGUGCGGCGCAAUGAUCCCGCGCGUACUCAUGGAGGACCAUUUGAAGUACACUUGCGCCCAGCGACGAGCACGCUGCGACUUCUGUGCCAAAGAAUUCACCGGUCACACGCUCGAGAAACACACGGGCACAUGUGGCUACGAGCCCCUCUAUUGUGAGAACAAAUGUGGCAUGAAGGUGCAAAGAAGGCAUCUCAGCCAGCACAAGUUGGGCGAGUGCGCGAAAAGAUUGGUGGCGUGUCGUUAUUGCAACAAAGAGUUCGUUUUUGACACGCUGGGCGCCCAUCACGCCAAGUGCGGCCGUUUCCCAGUCGCCUGUCCUCAUCGGUGUGAGACUGCGGUGCUACCAAGGGAGGAUCUGGAAGUUCACUUGAAAGACCAUUGCACCACGCAUCUUUUGUCCUGUACUUUUAAGGAUGCUGGUUGUCGUUUUAAGGGGAACAGGUUCUCGUUGGACAAACACCUGGAGGAAUCAGCAAAGAUGCACCUGAGCCUUAUGUGCAGUGUAGUGACAAAACAACAGCAUCAAAUAACCAGCCUCAAGUCGGCUAUCAGCAAAUUGUCGUUAAAUUAUACGGGCACGCUGAUAUGGAAGAUCACAGACUACAGUGCUAAAAUGUCCGAGGCAAAAGCAAAGGAAGGCAUGGAAUUAGUCAGCCCUCCUUUCUACACUAGUCAAUAUGGUUACAAGCUACAAGCAUCAGUUUUCUUAAACGGAAACGGAACCGGCGAAGGAAGUCACAUCUCCAUAUACAUAAAGAUUCUUCCCGGAGAGUACGAUGCUCUGUUGCGAUGGCCAUUCUCUCACAGUGUGUCUUUCACCAUAUUCGACCAGACGGUGGUCGCGGAGAAGGCGUGCAAUAUUGUUGAAAGCUUUAUACCCGAUCCAACAUGGAAAAACUUCCAGAGGCCGAGUCGCGAGCCUGAUUCCCUUGGUUUCGGUUUUCCCCGAUUUGUUUCCCACGAAAUGGUAAAGAAACGACACUUCGUCAAAGACAAUACAAUGUUCAUUCGGGUAAAAGUCGAUCCUAGUAAAAUCGUGGCCGUUUGAGUGUAAUGGUCCUCCAACCAUCCUUCAACGCGUACUAUAAAAUUACUCGAAUACCAUCAUUGUUCCACGUAACACACUUUGAUAUUGUUACACGUAAAUAUUUUGAUGUGGUUGUUACGCAUUUCUUAUGUUACACGUAAUGUCAGUCCAGUAAAUAGUUCAAGAUAAUCGUAUUUAUUCACGUCGGUCGUGUACUCGGUGUGAUAGUGCGGAGUACUUUACAUACAGGGCACAUGGUACUUACGUUGUAUACCAUAGGUAAGAUUCAUUCAGGGUAUCUCUGAAAGUUUUAGAAGCAUUCGUACAGUGACACCUCCAAAUUUGCAUACUGUAUUCAAAUUAUGUCGUGUUUGGACUCAUAUUCACAGGGAAAACGUCAUCAAUGAAUUCCAAAUCCUACGCUUCCAAACAUGUGUACAUCACUGCCCCGAACUUGACUACAACUUUGGAGGUAUUGCUGUAAUUUCCUAGAAGAUUUUUCAUUGGGAACUGUA